AUGGACAGUAAUCGCGCCGUCGAUUCUCUAUCUCUUCUCUCCUUCAUCCCUCUUCUUGCUAUCUUCAAAAUGGCUGGAGGAUUAGGAUUUCGUAGCCUAGCGCCCAAGACAAGGAAUUUCAUAGUUGGCGGUUUGACAACUUUUGUGUUUGGGUUAUACUUAGCUUCUGGAGGUAAUGAUGAACUACAGGUAGCCAUAGAUCAGUUUAAAGCAGACAGGAACUGGAGAGCUGCUAGAGGUACUGAUGAACUACAGGUAGCCAUAGAUAAGUUUGAAGCAGACAAGACCACUAAAGAGGGUGAAGCAAGCAAUCCGUCAAAGGUCUAA